CGAAAGAUCAUUCUUUAUAAUCUGUGCGAAAGAUUAACCUCUAAGAUCUGUUAGAAUAACAUUUAUUUUUGUAUUUUGAUUUAAUGAAGUGUUAAUUUAGUUAUAACUUGAAUGGCAAGAUGGCCAAUGAAACGAUGAAUCAGUUUACUGACGAUCUUUUUAGACAGAAAAUAUUCCACUGUAAUAUUUGCGAUGAACUUUGCACGUCCGAUAUUUUCCUUGUCAAAGGUAAAGGAAAUGUGUGUGCAAUUUGUUUGAAAGAAAAGUGCCAAAAGGAAAUAAAAUCGAAGGCAAUAUUAAACUCGGCUCUCAUGUUAAUUAUAGCCAAGCUGAUAUUGCCGUGCAAGUUUAAAUCCAAGGGCUGCGACGAAAGGGUGGAGUACAAAAAGUAUUCCAAGCACAUUAAUGGUACUUGCGAUUUCAAGGUUAAACCGUGCCCGAUGACAAAAUUUAAUCUUGAAAGUUGUGAUUGGAGAGGAAACACUUUGGAAUUCAGCGGACAUAUUUUAAGAAAUCAUCAGGAUCAGGUGGUUAAAAGUGAAAACAAUAUUUUUAACGUUGAAACAUCCUUGGCAGAAACUUUCAACGUAAUGUUAUUAUCUGAUGAUUAUCGAAACUGCCUUUUGAAGACUUCAGUUGUUGGUGAUAAAUUUUAUUACUCUUUAACUCCAGUUGGAAAAUCUGAAGAAAAUAUGGAAUAUACAGUGGUGCACAAACGUAUUCAAACAUUCACAUCCUCAAAAGUAUCCAAACACUCAAACGAUUUAGUGUUAAAGACCAUAGGUACUCUAACCAAACUGAAUGGUUUUUAUGAUGAACAAAACCUUAAUAAAAACCCCAACGCGACUGUGGUAGACAUCAACCUGUUGAAACAUCUUGCAGAUGAAAAUAAUAUGAUCUCGAACGAAUUUAAUUUGAAUCCCAAUGGACUAGAUGAGAAUAUGCUGAAAUUGUUGCAAUGUCCCGUAUGCAUGAGCGUAAUGAGACCUCCGAUAUAUCAGUGCAAUAGUGGACAUAGCAUUUGCAACAAAUGUCGUGGAAAUGUAAGGUCAUGCCCUACAUGCAGGGGAGAAUUGGGCAGUGUUAGAAACUACGGUUUGGAAUCAUUUACAAGCAACGUAAAAUAUCCCUGCAAGUUUAAAAUAUCUGGGUGCAAAGUCACUGGAGUUGAAGGUGAAAUCAAGAAACAUGAAGAAUCCUGUAUGGUUAACAAACACAAAUGCCCGAUUUGCCCAGAAUUUCUACACACAAAUGAUAUAUCAAAACAUGUGGAAGCCAAACAUAGAGAUUGCAUACUAAAGGACAAACGUUAUAAGAUCCAAUACUAUUCAAAAUGUCAUGGGUAUAAGGUAUAUGAUUCAAAACUAUUCAGAAUAUCGUAUCAUACUGAAAAUUCAUAUGUUUAUUUUGCUGCUGAAUUGAUUUGCCCUAUUGAAGACCCCAGCAAGAUGGCCAACGAAACCAUGAAUCAGUUUACUGACGAUCUUUUAAAAAAGAAAAUAUUCCACUGCCAGAUUUGCGAUGAACUUUGCACGUCCGAUAUUUUCCUGGUCCAAGGGAAAGGAAACGUGUGUGCGAACUGUUUAGAAGAAAAGUGUGGAAAGGAAAUGAAGUCAAGGGCUGAACUAAACACGGCGCUUAUCCUAAUUAUAGCCAGGCUGAUGUUGCCGUGCAAGUUUAAUUCCAAGGGCUGCGACGAAAGGAUGGACUCUAAAAGUUAUUCUCAGCACGUUGAAGGUUGCUAUUUUAAAAUGAAUCCGUGCCCGAUGAAAAUUCUUGAAGAUUGUGAUUGGAGUGGGAGCAUUUCCGAAUUUAGCGGUCAUAUUUUAAAAAAUCAUCAGGAUCAGGUGAUUAAAAGUGAAAACAAUAUUUUUAACGUUGAAACAUCCUUGGCGGAACCUUUCAACGUAAAGUUAUUAUCCGAUGAUUAUCAAAAUUGCCUUUUGAAGACUUCAGUUGUUGAUGAUAAAUUGUAUUACUCCUUAACUCCAGUUGGAAAAUCUGAAGAAAAUAUGGAAUAUACAGUGGUCCACAAAAGUAUUCAAACAUUUACAUCCUCAAAAGUAUCCAAACACUCAAACGAUUUAGUGUUAAAGACCAUAGGUACUCUAACCAAACUGAAUGGUUUUUAUGAUGAACAAAACCUUAAUAAAAACCCCAACGCGACUGUGGUAGACAUCAACCUGUUGAAACAUCUUGCAGAUGAAAAUAAUAUGAUCUCGAACGAAUUUAAUUUAAAUCCCAAUGGACUAGAUGAGAAUAUGCUGAAAUUGUUGCAAUGUCCCGGAUGCAUGAGCGUAAUGAGACCUCCGAUAUAUCAAUGCAAUAGUGGACAUAGCAUUUGCAACAAAUGUCGUGGAAAUGUAAGGUCAUGCCCUACAUGCAGGGGAGAAUUGGGCAGUGUUAGGAACUACGGUUUGGAAUCAUUUACAAGCAACGUAAAAUAUCCCUGCAAGUUUAAAAUAUCUGGGUGCAAAGUCACUGGAGCUGAAGGUGAAAUCAAGAAACAUGAAGAAUCGUGUAUGGUUAGCAUACGUAAAUGCCCGAUUUGCCCAGAAUUUGUAAACACAAAUGAUAUAUCAAAACAUGUGGAAGACAAACAUAGAGACUGCAUACUAAAGAACAAACGUUAUAAGAUCCAACACUAUUCAAAAUGUCAUGGGUAUAAGGUAUAUGAUUCAAAACUAUUCAGAAUAUCGUAUCAUACUGAAAAUUCAUGUGUUUAUUUUGCUGCUGAAUUAAUUAGCCCUAAUGUAGACCCCAGUGAGUAUUUUUGCAAAGUUCGUUUUUAUAAAAACAAAAUGUCUACGACUGUGGAUAAAUCAAUGUUAUCAACUUGUUUAAAAGAGGAACCACUUUUUCCAGGGUUUAAAAUAAAAGGGAAUGUGAGAAUCCCUGUUGAUGAUUUUGAAAAAUUUUCUUUUUCUAUCAAAGGGGGAUAUGAUUCAAUACAGUUAGUUGUGUAAAUACAUAAAAUAGGUUACUUGUUAAACUUAAAUAAAAUACAUGCAUAAUAUUUUCUUAUUUAACUUUUAUCUUUAAGAA